GAAGAUCUUUCCGCAUACGCUUUUGUCUCAUUUCGCUUAUUUCCAACUGUUGCAUUCAAUAAUAGCUGAUGCUGCUUUCCUGUGUUCUAUUCACGGAAGUUGCGCACCCAAUGCUGCUGCGCUCUCGGCGCACCCCCUUAAAAAAUAUUCCCAUUCUGCCUCAGCUUCUUGCUUGUAUUGAUUUUGGAGGGCAAAAACGGCCUAAAUUUAUGUUUCAUUAUUCUACAACUUGGCACCAAAUUAGUCUAUUUCCAUAAUUCUCGCAAAAAUUUGAUAGUUGUUUUGUUUGGCAAGUGUAAUAGAUAUUUGUUUGAAUUUUAUACUUCAAACUGUUUGGUAACAAAGUAUAGAACCAUGGCUGAUCUUACUGAACUCAGAAAAGUGUUGAUUCUUUACACUGGUGGAACUAUUGGAAUGAAAAGAAAUAACAUUGGUGUUUUGGUUCCCGUUCCUGAUAUACUUACGGGCAAAGUUAAAACCUGUCAGGAGCUGCAUGAUCCAGACUUGGCUCGAAUUUAUUCAAUACGGAAUCACGAACUGAUUACAAAAGUUUCUUCUUGCAAUAAGGUCAUUGCCUACCAAAUAAGAGAAUAUCACCCGUUGCUGGACUCUAGCAACAUGACUCCAAAAGAGUGGGUGAUAAUUGCCAAUAAUAUUGAGGAGACUUACAAUGAAUUUGAUGGAUUUGUGGUACUAACUGGAACAGACACCUUAGCCUAUACGUCCUCCGCUUUGUCCUUCAUGUUUAAAAAUUUACAUAAGCCCAUUAUUAUUACAGGAUCUCAGAUUCCUAUUUUUGAAAGUCCUAGCGAUGCCAAAAACAAUAUGCUGUCAUCUUUAGUAUUCGCAAGCUGCUCCGACAUUCCUGAAGUUUGCGUUUAUUUUUCCAACAAACUGAUGCGUGGAAAUAGAGUUAGAAAAAUCCAUACUUCUCACGUUGACGCUUUCGAUUCACCCAAUUAUCCUUUGAUGGCUGAAACUGGAUUUCAUUGCCGAAUUUAUCGUCAAUUUAUUCUGCCUAAAACUGAGAGAGGGACACUUGCAGUUACUACGAAUUUGUGUGAAUCAAUUGGAAUUCUCUAUAUGUUUCCUACUAUGACAAGGACCCAGCUUCUCUCGUUCUUGGAACCUACCCUAGAAGGUGUAGUUAUAAUGACAUUUGGUGCCGGCAACGUGCCUUCACAUAGGCAAGAUUUAUUGGAUGUGUUGAGAAAUGCCGUUGGAAGGGGUGUUACAGUUGUGAUAGUAACACAGUGUGCCAAAGGGAGCGUCAGUUUCACUUACGAAACGGGACAGUGUCUGGAAGAAAUUGGUGUAAUUCCAUGUUACGAUAUGACAGUUGAGGCAGCCUAUGCAAAACUUGUCGUAGUUUGCGGGAUGACUAGACAAUCAGAAGAAAGGGCAGAGCUUAUGAAGCAGAUCCUGAGGGGCGAAAUGACUAUUUACCACUAAAACGUCUUCAUCUUAUAGUCAUAAUCUUUGAUGAAUCUCUUUUUAUAUUCUGAAUUUAAAUUUUUUAAAAUUGUUAUAUACACGCUUGUAUAUUAUGUGUUAUAUUUUUUAUAAAAAUAUGUAACUGUAACGUGGCUAUUAUUAUUUACCUACAAAUGGUGAAAUAUCUACAUUUUACAUGUAUGUGUUCGGAGCUCAAUUUGG